AUGCAUAUUCUAUAUGUGCUCCACAAGAACCCCACCAAAUCCUGCCUGUACGGCAGAUACGACCGCCGCCUAUCGCCGCCGCUCCGACGGUACGGCGGGGCUUCCGCCACCGCCCGCUUUUCAUCUCCCCCUUUCACGGCGCUGUUGGUGUGGGUCAAAAGUACAAUACUGCCCUUGCUCCUCUCGCUUUGGCUCCUGCGCACGAGCUCCUUCACAUUGAACUUCCACCUCUUCGAAUUCCCCCCGCCCGAGAUGCUUUUCUCUCUCCGGCCGUCCUCCGCCGAAGGCUGCAGCGGCAGCGGAAGCGGCGAAUCGUCGGCCUCCGACGAGGACGAGCUCGAAGACGCCGUCAGUAUCGUCGUUCCCCUUUCCUCGAUAAACAGAUCCCUAAGCGGGUGGCGAACCCUAGGACGGCCCGAGCCCGAACUCUGGCCAACGUCACCCCCAAUUUCGUUUCCAUCCGGAAUCGGAGACGACGAUUCCGAUCCCCUCGUCGCGAACGCGAAAUCGCAAUCCUCAUCUCGAUCUCCGGAAUCCGCCUCUGGAUUCCGAUUUUCUGAAAUUCCUGCUCCUGAAGUCUUCAUAGAAUUCAGCGGAAUCGAAUUCUCCGGCGACGCGCGCGGCGAUUCCGGCGAGUCUGGGAUUGGAAUAGCUGUUGAAGCUGGGGGAGAGGGGGAUCAGAGGACCUGCCUGCAUUUUGAGAAAACGCUUGGUAAUGGCGGAAAAAACCUUGAGUGUGUGUGUGUUUUGUGUUGGUUGAGAGGAAGAGGAAAAGUGGAAAGUGUGGUGAAUUCGGGGAGGUUUUAA